AUGUCCACGGAGAACAGGAAGAUCUACAAGAAGAUAAAAAAGGCCACCGAGAAGGACAAACGUAUGGCACAGCUGGAGAAAGAGAUCGCUCGAUUGGAGACCGAGAACAGCAAAUUAAAACGCGACAGUGCCGAGUAUGAGAGUGGCCUCGCUGCUUUUAGCGGCACGUCGCGUUUUGCCACUGAAUUUUCUUCGUUGAGCCGUAACGUGCCAUCUGACACGAACAAACGGCCGCUUUCACAGAAGCCAGAGGACAAUCUUGCAAAUGCGUUGCAAUCGAAGGGCAACCCGGAGAAUGGCAAUCGUAAAAAGAAAUUGCGUAUGAGAUUGAUGAAAAGUAGAAAAAAGGACAAUAAACGACAGAAGGCGAUGCCAACGCAUUUGGAAGUGAUACCAUGCCCGCAGAAGCAAGUGAUUAGAAAAUAUAUUCGGGAUGUACCCUGUCCUCGGAUAAAAUCGAAGAAACAGAAGGGAGUGUCGUGUUCAGGUAGUGAACGCAAGAGAUCCUGCAAGCAGGUCGAAGAUGUGUGUUCUACCUCGAAACGCACCCAACCGGUAACGUGUUCGUCUAAACAACCGGUCAAGAAAUGCGUUCAGGCGAGUCCAAAAACGUGUCCGGGAAGAGAGCGUACAAGCCCGCCGAGAUCUUGUCCAAAAUGCGAGAGCAAUCGAAUUCAAAAGUUGGAAAGCGAAGUGUACCAAUUGCGGAAGGAGAUCGAGUGCAUGAAAUACGAGCGAAAAGAAGCGGAGAAGGCAAUCCAAAAGGCUAUUGUUCGCGGAGCCCGCGCUCUCGGCGGAAGAUUUAAACCCACGGUACCGGGAUCGAUCGAGAAACUUCUCGAUAUUUGCAACAGCGAUGCGUCUUCCCAAUCCACGUCGUCGGUCAGUCUCUGUACGACGAAAACUGCAUCGCCGAUGAUUCACACGUGUCAUAACAAAACGCGGAGAAAGGAGGAGUUCGAUUAUUGCGAAGGUUGCACCCCAUUAGUCAGCUCUCGCGAUUAAAUCCAGCUUCGUUGAAAAAACGUCGAAUGUACUCGGUGGAAAGUUGUCGGCGUCGCCUGCAAUAAACUUACCCGAAAUACACUGGAUAUUGGAUAAUGAUCGUAAUUAAUUACUUUCGCGAUCGGGAAUGAAUGAAAAUAACCAACGAAUAAAACCCAGACGGGUUUUAUCGCACGGUAAUAAUUUCCUACGAAACGCGUUAAUUAAUAAACGGGUAAGAGCGUGCGGGGUGGACCCGACGCCGAUUUAAUUACACGUAACCGUACGUGCCAACAUACGCACUAACGGUGCUUUAGUCGCGUAGACUCGCCGUACACGUACCCUAUCAUCAGAAUGGCAUCGUUAACACCGAUAAUCUUCCCUGAACCGAGUGCGGAGCCACUCGACUUACAGGGAAACCUCGCGUGCGAGCACACCGGAAAUCUUGGUGCGUAGCUCGUUCCACAAAGUGCGAAAAAUAAUUAACGAAAUAUCAAAGAAAUAUUUUGUUCUGUGUGAGAACCCGACACGGAACGAUUCAUCGAGAUCAUUAAGGUUCGACGAAUCGACCGUUUCGUUUAGCAGUGAUUCCCAAGGUUCCGCGAACAGCCAGGAUGUCACGGCCGCGUCAAUUGUAACGGGACACUUUAUCGAAUAAUUAUCUUCCAUUAAUGAUACAACGCGAAACAACAAUGAAACAUUAUAUCGCAUUGGUGAAUCAGAGUAACCGUUUGUUGUUUAUCUGCAUCGAUGCAGCGCCAUGGUAUUUUGUUGGCUAUUGAUCGCCGAUGAUGAGUCUUGAUAUUCAAUCCGUAAAUGCGAUGACGGUUUGCCGGAUCAUCGUUCGCGCUCGAUUACGAGUCUCUUUCCAAUGGUCAUGCUCGAAAAAGCGGCGAUAAACGGACCGGUACUGUUAUAAAAUUUUGCUGGAAUAUUCGAUUCCGCGUUGUCUAUUGUUUCGACCUUUCGAUGGUUUGCGAGGACAAAGUUGUGCUAAUCUGUUACGCGUAAAAUUUCCAAUCGACGUUUUUGAAUACGGAAACAAAAGCGGAAAAACACUACGAAAAACACAAAG